AUGGGCGUAAGCCCUGCAGCCGAAGAAGAAUCCCCCCAUGUGGUCCAGGCACUGGUGGCGGUGGCAGCAGCCGAUGACCCAGCCAGAAGAGACCGGGUGGCGACGGCAAGGCUGAGGGUCGCUCACUGUGGACCCCACGCCCUCCUCCUGGUCAUACAAGGAGGCGGUUCAUUCACUGAGAAACACAGAUUAUCAGUAGAGAAACACCUGCAGCUUCUUAAUGAGUGUGUCUGGAGUCACACUAUAGUGCUGUUCACCCAUGGGGACUAUCUGGGAGACACAACCAUUGAGCAGCACAUUCAACAAGAGGGGAAGGCUCUCCAGUGGCUUGUUGAGAAAUGUGGCAAAAGGUACCAUGUCCUCAACAAUAAGAACAGGGGUGAUGGCUCUCAGGUCACAGAGCUGCUGGACAAGAUAGAGGAGAUGGUGUCAGGAAACAGAGGAAGACACUAUGAGAUCAAGAGAGGAAUACUGGACAAGGUAAAAAAGUGGAGGAGAACAAAAGAAGAGAAAGGAAAAGAAAGUCAGCAGGUUCCAAAACAGAGAGAGAUCCAUCAAACAUUCACAGAGCUGAGGAUUGUUCUGCUGGGGUGGAGAGGUGCAGGGAAGAGUUCAUCAGGAAAUACCAUCCUGGGCAAGGAGGAGUUUGACCUGAGGGCAGCUGCUCAGUGUGUGAAGAGACAGGGAGAAGUAGCAGGGAGGCAGGUCACUGUGGUGGACACUCCAGGAUGGUUCAAGGGUGUCCCUGUAAAGGGCAUUAUUAAGCUGGUUAAAGAAGAGAUAGUACGCAGUGUGUCUCUGUGUCCCCCAGGACCCCACGCCCUCCUCCUGGUCAUACCGAUGGAUGUUUCAUUCACUGAGAAAUACAGAAAUUCUGUAGAGGAACACAUGGAGCUUCUCAGUGAGAGAGUCUGGAGUCACACUAUAGUGCUGUUCACCUGUGGGGACUAUCUGGGAGAUACAACUAUUGAACAGCACAUUCAACAACAGGGGAAGGCCCUCCAGUGGCUUGUUGAGAAAUGUGGGAACAGGUAUCAUGUCCUCAACAAUAGGAACAGGGGUGAUGGCUCUCAGGUCACAGAGCUGCUGUACAAGAUAGAGGAGAUGGUGUCAGACAACAGAGAAGGACACUUUACGAUAGACAGAGAGCUGCUGGACGAGAUAGCGGAGAGAAGGAGGGCAGAGAAAGAGAGAGCACAAGAGAGGCUGGUGAAAGUGCAUAAACAGAGAGAGACUCUCAGAUCACAAAUGGGUCACUGCCUCCAUCUCUCAGAGCUGAGGAUUGUGCUGCUGGGGUACCGUUACACAGGGAAGAGUUCUUCAGAAAACACCAUCCUGGGCAGAGAAGAGUUUGACUGGAGGACAGAUGCUCAGUGUGUGAAGACACAGGGAGAAGUCGCAGGAAGACAGGUCACUGUGGUCGAGACUCCAGGAUGGUGGAGAAACUCCCCUAUAGAGGAGACUACUGAGCUGGUUAAACAGGAGAUGGUACGCAGUGUGUCUCUGUGUCCCCCAGGACCCCACUCUAUCCUCCUGGUCAUACAGGGAGGGACUUCACUCACUGAGGAGGAGGCAAAGUCUAUAAAGCAACACUUGCAGCUUCUCAGUGAGAAAGUCUGGAGUCACACUAUAGUGCUGUUCACCUGUGGGGACUAUAUGGGAGACACAACCAUUGAGCAGCACAUAGAGACAGAAGGAAAAGCCCUCCAACAGCUUGUUGAGAAAUGUGGGAACAGGUACCAUGUACUCAACAAUAAGAACAGGGGUGAUGGCUCACAGGUCACAGAGCUGCUAGACAAGAUAGAGGAGAUGGUGGCAGGAAACAGAGGAGGACACUAUGAGAUAGACAGAGAGAUACUGGAAAAGAUUGAAAACAUAGAACAAUGGAGAAGAACUGAAGAAAAGAAAGCAAAAGAAAGAAGGAUGAAGGUGCAGAAACAGAGAGAGAUCCACCAAACAUUUAUAGGCGACUCCCUCCAUCUCUCAGAGCUGAGGAUUGUGCUGCUGGGGUGGAAAGGUGCAGGGAAGAGUUCAUCAGGAAAUACCAUCCUGGGGAGAGAGGAGUUUGACCUGAGGACAGCUGCUCAGUGUGUGAAGAGACAGGGAGAAGUAGCAGGGAGGCAGGUCACUGUGGUCGACACUCCAGGAUGGUUGAUUGAUUACCCUGUAGAGGAGACUAAACUGGAGAUAGUACGCAGUGUGUCUCUGUGUCCCCCAGGACCCCACGCCCUCCUCCUAGUCAUAGUGGGGGUGGUUUCAUUCACAGAGGGAUGCACUAAAUCUGUAGAGCAACACAUGGAGCUUCUCAGUGAGAGUGUCUGGAGUCACACUAUAGUGCUGUUCACCUAUGGGGACUAUCUAGGAGACACAACCAUUGAGCAGCACAUUCAACAAGAGGGGAAGGUCCUCCAGUGGCUUGUUGAGAAAUGUGGGAACAGGUAUCAUGUCCUCAACAAUGAGAACAGGGGUGAUGGCUCUCAGGUCACAGAGCUGCUGGACAAGAUAGAGGAGAUGGUGGCAGUGAACAGUGGAGAUGUGUUCUGCCUGGAGGGCAUCAGAGAUGAAGAGCAGAGUUCUGAGUGGAAGAUACCAUUUCUGCCUGAGAUGAGGAUUAGGAGCAUAGAUGAUCCUCCUUCUUUGAGUGGGGCCAGCAGAACAGAAACCACCAACAACUCUGAAGACAUAUCUGACUGGGGGUCAGAGACUGGAUCACGACCUGACGGGAGUGGCGAUGACGGAUCUGAGUGCCAAUCUCUGAGAAGCUCUGCACAUGACUCUGCCUACGGCUCUGACACUUCCCGUUUGUCACGUCACCUGACCUCAGUGGUGGGAUCAUCCAGAUCUAGGACUGGUGUGAGGAAGCCCCUGCUAGCUGGAGCCACUCUGAGUUCUACACCAGAGGAACUUACUCCGACUGUAGUGACUCCAGAAACUGCAGUAGAACUCACAGAAACCUCAUACAGGCUCUGCUGCCCUCAAGCAGGCCUGUUCCAGUGCAGUCUGACUGGCCUCAUGUUCCUGAUGGAGGGCCAGGGUGAGGUGCUCUACAGGACUGUCCAAUGGGACCAAGGUCUGCUGAACACCACAGGCCGCUCCCCUGCCGGACCCCUGUUCACCAUCGACUGUCUCCAAGGCUCUGUCUGUCAGCUGCACCUCCCACACUGUGAGAUUCUCUCUGGAGAGGGGCGUGAGGUGCUGUCUGUGGCUCAUGUUACUGGAGGCAGCAUGGAGCUCGUGCCUCCACUGAGGGUGACAGGAUCUCAUGUGGUGGUGGACGUGACAGACCUGUCCCUGUGGGGCCUGGUCAGGUGGUUUCUACCCUCCCUCACCAUCAAGGGCCAGGUGCUCCUCUUCCUCCAGCAGCUGAGCCCCAUGUAUACCAUCCUCAACGUGAUGGUUCUGCCCAGCAACGUGCCUCUCUCUGAGGUGAAGGAGAAACAGGAGGGAACCACCUACCUGCGUGUCAGUUCUGACUGCCGGCUAUCUAAGGGGGAAAGGUACAGUCUCACCUGUCAUCUGGAAGAGACACCCCGGAUACAACCAAAGUUUGUUCUGUUGGACUGGAACUACGGACCCAACUACCACCCCACCUUCCAGGUGUUCCUGCGCCCCGUCACACAGGAGGCAGAGCUCAGCCUGUUGGAGAGGAAGCUGGAGGGGGUGGAGGUGUGGUCGGGCCUGGUCCCACUGACAGGUGCUGCUGUCACCGGAGCGACGACGUCAGAGGGACCGUCUGAGCGCGCUCAGGGUGAACGUGCGGAGCAGCAGCUAAAGGCUGUGAGAUCAGAGUUUGUGAAGAGUGUGUCAGUCCCCGUGCUGAAUAGCCUAUUGGACGAGCUCCGUCAGCAUGGAGUCAUCACGCAGGAAGAGGAGGAGUCUGUCAAGGCCAUCGCUGAGAGGGCGGAGAGAGCGCGCCACGUCAUCGACGCCGUGCUGAACAAAGGAGCUGAAGCCUGCCGCAUGAUGACAGUGUUCUUACUUGAGCAGGACUCCUACAUGAGCAAGAAGCUUGGUCUAAGAUAGUGUGGCUGUGGGGGGGGGGGGGAUGUCUGGACACCAUUUGUGCAUGAAAACAGGGAUGUAUGAUGUUAAUCACACUCAGGAGAUCAGCCAUGGCCUUAUCUGUUCAUAUGUUUAGUCUUAUUUUCCACUCAGGUCAGUCCUACUGUAACUCUGUAAAGUCUGCAAUGAUCUGAGCAAACAUACUCAAGCCUAUCUUCAGCAAUCCAGUUAGCUGUCCUACUCUGUAUUCAAUGUUUUUUUCAAUGCAAGAAAUGUGUAAAUAAGAAAAUUGAUCCACAUCAAUGGCAUUCUAAACUAUUUUCUUUGAAUCUGACCUCAAUCAGGUUCUUCAGAGUGCAUCAUGUUAGUGUGCCCAGGCAGACUACACCAGAAAGCUUGCAGACAAAUUGAAUAGGUGAAACUGUUUAUGAUUAAUGAAAAUGUUUACACGGGACCCCUGCAAAGUAUGGUCUAGCCCUCUCACACAGUGCCAUACACAACAUCUAACAGUGAAUGAAACCUGUGUUUAUAGUUAGCUUGACGCUGGUACUAGAUUGGAGAUCUAUGUGCCUCAUCAAGUGAUCCUCCAUCAGUACUUCUGCUGAGACAUUUGGUCCGCCUAUUAAAGAAUGUAUUGUGCUUAUUAACGUUAUGUCUUAGAAGUGUGCUCAGGCUUAAACAUUGUGUCUCACACAGGGCGGGGGGAGUCAUGGGUGCGGGCGGAGAAAGAGGAACAAUCCAGAUGAUUCUCGACCACAGUAUGGGAAAAAGGCUGUAUUUUGUGUCUCUAUCUCUUCAUUUUCAGAAACAACCUUGAAACCGGGCGGAGACGGCACCCGAGCAGGUGGGACGCGUAGGCAAGAACAACUCCCUGAUGCACGAGAGAACAAGCUCAACCCUCUUUUCAUCUUUCUGUUUUAAUUGCACUGUAUAAUAUAUGCUGGGGAGGGACAGAUAGCCAGUUGGACUUCGUGAACCAGCCCAAACUCUGUUGCGGGUAGGGAAACGUAGACAACCCCAGAGCUCUGUACUUGUUGAUUUCCAACUGCUGCAUUAAAGCUGAUAUUAUCGGA